AUGGCCCUGCCACGUCGUCUGGGACACCAAGGUCAUGCUCGGUUGAUCGAGACCAGGGUCAGCAACGUCGAGAUCGACCUCGACAAGAAGCUCUCAUGGCUGAUUCGUCACUGCCGGAUGGCGUUGCCGCUGUUUGAUUCGAGAGCUCGAGAUUACCGGAACUAUGCUCAGGGAGAGUUUCGCCUUCGCCGGGAUUUUGAAAAAGGAAUCCAAGACGUCAACGGUCAACCUCCACCUCCACCUCGACACCAAAAAACUGCCUGCAAACUCUCACUCACUCAAAUCUUCUCCAAAGCUCGUCGGCAGCAGCAAGCAAUGCAAUCUCCAUUUCUCCACCUCUGCAGGACCACCUCCUCCGCCGCCGUCGCCGCCCUCAAUCCUCCUCCUCCGCCGCAGCCGCCGCCGCUGGGGUUCCGCCACUCCCUCUCCGCUCACAAUCGCAGCCUCCGCCUCCCUCCGUCUUCUCCCGGCGUCGGUGCCCCGAGACCCGGCCCCGCCCGUCUCGCGCCCCGGAGCGGCCACCGCGGGCGCCGCGGAGGCGGCGGCGGCGGCGGGGGGAGCAAGCAGCGGGUGAGCGUCAGGGGCGACAGGAAGGAGAACGUGUGGAGCGUCGACAACGACGUCGCGAGGGCCGCUGCGGAGAAGGAGAGGGCGAGGAGGGGGAGGGGGAGGGGGAGGAGAGUGGUGAGAGGGAAGCGAGGGAGGGACGGGAAGGUCAUGGUGUCCGGCGCCAUGUUGAUGGAGGCCGAGACGGUUCUUCAGACUCAGGAACCAGUAAUAAGACCAGUAUGGAAUACAUUUGCUAGUAGUGUGAGCGGGAUAUGGAAGGGAGUGGGAGCUGUAUUUUCACCUAUCACUGCUGAAAUGGAACCCAUAGAGAUUGGUAAUAAAAACGAGAACCUCUAUGACUGUUACACACUUUCCUGUGUUCAGGAAAUUCCAGCAUCGAAUGGAGAAUUAACAUCUCAAAUUCAGAGAAAGAUAAACUGGGUAACUCUGAAUCCCUAUGGUGAAAUAUCAUUGAACAAUGGAGGCAAUACGAAAAGCAAAGAAGGGACUGAAGAUGGAAAUAAGGACCAAAUUGAUGAAAGUGCAGCAGAUCGUAUGCUGCCAAAAUUUGAUUCUUUCAACUUUGGAGCCAGUGAUUUGAUGGAAGAAGAUGUCAUGGGCUAUGAACGUGGUCUGGUAUUCUUUGAGGAUGGAUCUUAUUCCAGGGGCCCAGUUGAUAUUCCUGUCGGUGAAGUUGAUGAUUCUAAUUAUUACUUGAACCCCACUUUCAAGUUCGAGCAGUGUCUGGUUAAAGGUUGUCACAAAAGACUCCGGAUUGUCCACACGAUAGAAUUCAACAAUGGGGGUGCAGACAUUCAGAUAAUGAGAGUUGCCGUUUAUGAAGAAGAGUGGGUUAGUCCAGCAAAUAUUCGUGAUGAAAGCGAUAUGGACUUUGAUGUGAAACCAUUUUCACUGCGGAAAAGAACCCAGCCAUCGAAUCUCACUGGUUCCUGGAAGGUAUUUGAGGUGAGUGCCACACCGAUAUAUGGCGAGGAGACGGUCGCAGAAGAAGGCAAUGAGACCCCAUAUGUCUACCUCUGCACCGAGACCUUAAAGAAAAGGUCCUUCCCCGAGAACUUAGUAUACUUUGGGGAGGAAGAGAUGCUCGACAUGCAAGAUGCAACUGUUCUUUGGUUGCCCGGUGGUGUUGCCAGUUACGUCGACAUUAAUAAGGACGGGAUUCUUUGCAUUGGCGUUGGCUGGUACUCCGAUGAAGGCAUUAAUCUUGUCAUGGAGAGAGACUAUGGUUUGGAUGGGAAGCUGAGGGAAGUACGGUGGAAAACUGAGGUAAAGAGGAGGUGGUCCAAACCAAUGUAAAUAUGGACCGAAGAUUUUUCUUUCGCUUUGUUACUUUCUACAUGAAGUAUCAUCCCAUUUAGAAAGAUUAACGUGGAUGUGCAGAGUGUUUUCAGCAUAUCGAAAACGGUGGCGUUCAUCGUGUUCUUCAGAGUUCAUACCCAAUAGGCAGCCCGAAAAUAGUAGUCUUAGGAAACAAAAUAGGCUUUGGGCACUUAAUGUCUGCAUUGAAUCUCUUGUUCUCUGAAUAUAAUGUUGAGUGAGUUCAGGUGCCUGGAA